GGCAGGGAUGGGGGCUGUGGGGUGCAGGUGGGGCAGGGACAGGGCGUUUGGGGACAAGCCCCGGGGGGUGCAUCGGGGGCCCUGGGAGCAGGGGGGGGGCCUGGCUGGGUCCCUGGGCAGCCCCGGGCGAGGGGUGCCCGUGGGGCCAGCCCCCCCUCUGUGCUGUUGGGGACCCCAUCUACCCGCUCCCCCCUCCCCACCCAGCAGCCCAGGCUCGGCAGCCCCUAGCCCCCGCCAUGGGGCUGCUGUCGGACCCCCACUGCCGGCGGGCGCUCUCCCGCCUCGUCCUGCGCCUCAACACCCCCGCUAGCGCCCUGAGCUAUGUGGCGGGGUUGGGCUGGUUCCUGGCCUUGGCCUUCCAGCCCCUCGCCCCCCGCACCUACAUGUCGGAGAACGCCAUGGGCUCCACCAUGGUGGAGGAGCAGUUCCUGUUCGGUGAGCGGGCCCUCUCCUAUGCCCGGGAGUUUGCCGGCCACAAGAAGAAAGCAGGGGGCAUGCCGGUGGCCUGGCUGGAGAAGACCAUGUGGAACCUGGGGCUGGAGGUGCACAAGCAGCCCUUCUCCCGCACACUGCCCUUCCCCGACGAGACCCGAGAGCGAUACAUGGUGAAGGGCACGAAUGUCUACGGGAUCCUGCGGGCGCCGCGUGCUGCCAGCACCGAGUCGUUGGUGCUGAGCGUGCCCUGCAGCGAGGGGCCCCACAACAACCAGGCCGUGGGGCUGAUGCUGGCCCUCGCCUCCUACUUCCGAGGCCAGAUCUACUGGGCGAAGGACAUCAUCUUCCUGGUGAAUGAGCACGACCUGCUGGGCAUGGAGGCCUGGCUGGAGGCUUACCACGACGUCAACAUCACCGAGGUGCAGUCCUCGGGGACACUGGGCCGGGCGGGGGCCAUCCAGGCGGCCAUAUCGCUGGAGCUGAGCAGCGACGUGGUCACCAGCUUCGACGUGGCGGUGGAGGGGCUGAACGGGCAGCUGCCCAACCUCGACCUCCUCAACCUUUUCCACGCCUUCUGCCAGAAGAACGGGCUGCUCUGCACCAUCCAGGGCAAGCUGCAGCGCUCGGACUGGGACUCGCUGCCCGCCUACGCCCACAGCCUGCAGACGCUGCUGCUGAUGGUGCUGGCCCAGGCCUCGGGGCGGCCCCGCGGUGACCACGGCCUCUUCCUCCGCUACCACAUCGAGGCCAUCACCCUCCGCGGCAUCAAUAGCUUCCGCCAGUACAAGUACGACAUGACCACCGUCGGCAAGAUGCUGGAGGGGAUGUUUCGGAAACUCAACAACCUGCUGGAGCGGCUGCACCAGUCCUAUUUCUUCUACCUCCUGCCCUCCCUGUCCCGCUUCGUCUCCAUCGGCGUCUACAUGCCGGCCUUUGGCUUCCUCAUCCUCGUCCUGGUCCUCAAGGCCCUGGACCUCUGGAUGAAGCUGAGCAAGUGCGAGACGGGCAGUGCCGAGCGGCUCUGGGACGGCGACCACGCGACGGGGGAGGAGUCCCGGCCCGGUUUGCUGGUGCUGGUACCGCCGCUGCUCAUCUGCCACGCCGCCGGCCUCGCUCUCUACUUCUUGCCGGUGCUGGGCCAGCACGUGGCCACCCAGCACUUCCCUGUCUCCGAGUCGGAGGCCGUGGUGCUCACCGUCAUCGCCAUCUAUGUGGCUGGCAUGGCCCUACCCCACAACACCCACAGGGUGCUGGCGGGCGGCGGCAGCGACCGAAGCUGGAUGACGCUGAAGCUGCUGGCGCUGCUGUACCUGGCCGUCCAGCUGGGCUGCCUCGCCCUCCUCAACUUCUCCCUCGGCUUCCUCCUGGCCGCCACCAUGGUGCCCGCCGCCGCCGCCGUCCGGCCCACCGGUCCCAAGGUGCUGCUGGCGGCGUUGCUGGUGCUGGCCACGCCGGCCGUCACGCUGCUGCUGGGCAUCUUCCUGCAGCGGGAGCUGGUGGAGGCGCCGGCGGCGGUGGCGGAGGGCUGGCAGCUCUUCCUGGCGGCCGUGGCCGAAGGGCUGCUCCAGCAUCACCUCUACGGCUCCCUGCUCUUCCCCUUCCUCGCCCUCUGCGUCUAUCCCUGCUGGCUGCUGCUCUGGAACGUUCUCUUCUGGAAGUGAGGGGCUCCCCCCCCGCUGCGGACCCCCGGAUGGGGACGGACACACGGACGGACAGGGGGGCUGGCGGGGGUGACGUCCCCAUUUCCAGGGGACCGGGAUGCUGGCCCCAGCUGAGCCCCCCCGGGGUGGCAGCGGGUCCUGCCCUGGGGGGGGGGGUGCUGCCAGCGGGGAC